UACAUACAUACAUACAUACAUACAUACAUACCUAUGGAGUGAACCGACAAUUAACUUUGUAUAGACAUCGUGAUCUGCCAUGGGCUGGUGGGAUAGUCUCUGGACGUCGAGCUCGAACAACGACCCGCUGCGAAAGCUCGACCCGAAGCUCCGCGAAUUCCUCGAGCGAGAAUCACCCGUGAAAUACAACACCGCGCAAGCAACGCAACCCCGCGCAAAGGAGGAGCAAGCGGCUCCGACGAUAACGGAGGUAGAAGAACAACAGAGAAAUGCACCGGUAGUUCCAAAGGAAAGCCAAUUCCAAGAUGGCAGAUAUGCGCAUCUAUGGAAGACCUACAGGCCGUUAGCCGAGAUCGAGGCCGAGACCAAGAGCGAUCACGAGAAGCUAAUGGACGUGUUGGAGGGGUACAAGGAGCGCAAGAGCCAGAUUGGCAAGGCGGCGCUGGAGAACUGCGCACUCGAACAGGUCGAUUGGAGGCAGUGCAUGUCGAAUCCGACAAUGACGGAGCGUAUGACUAUGUGCCGCGAUCAGAUCAGGAAGUUUGAGAAGUGCUACAUGACGCAGACUAGACUACUAAAAGCCUUGGGUUACCUAUCGACUCUCGACCGCUCCCCCGAAGCCGAAGAAGAGAUCCAAAUGCACGCCGACACGCUAUACCACCGCAUGCUGUCGCAAGAGGCCGAGAUCACUGCGGCGAGGGAGGAGGGCCGUCCAAUUCCUCGGUUCCCCCCAAUAAUACCGAGACCAGAACAGCAGCAGCAACAGCCCGUAGAAGAGCUGACACAAGAACAGCAGGAGACUCUAAGGACGCGGUUAAAGAAGGUGGCCGAGGAAGACCGAGCCGCAGAAGAAGAGGCCGUCAGGGCGGAAUUCCGCGUCAAGGCCGAAGUCGCAUCGCGGGUGCAGGGCUUGUGGAAGCAGCAGGAGCAAGAAAGACAAGCGCGAAAGGCGAGGGGCGAGGAGACGCUGUGGGAUAAAGUCACUGGAACUUUCCGUAGCGAUAACGGGAAAUGAUAUACCUUAUUAUUCUAAGUCUAUACGUAUGCUACGGUAUGAAGUUCACGACGCAUUCAAGGGAUAACACGUAUUAUGUAGCUCUCGCCUCUAGCCUAAGGGGGUGCGAUUGUAUUAUACCUGUAUUGACAACUCACGUCUCUACUUGUAGAAUAAACCGGGAUGAAGCAAUUCCAAAGAAAAAAGUAGAGUAAUUUAGGUUGAUAUAUGUAUAGGAAGGUGAUGGGCUGGGUUAAUAAUAAGUCGGUGCGAACAAAAAAAAGAAAAGAAAAGAAAAGAAAAGCAACUUAGAAAACUUGUUUCUAACUAUAUAGAAUAGCAUAGUUGAUUCCAAUGCGUAGAAAAGUAAGG